AUGACUACCACCUCAACUCUCCCUACACCGCCCUCGGCAAUGGAGGCCCCGCCGAAACAGGCGCCCAUGGAUGCCACCCCACAGCCAGGAACGCGCACUGCUACCAUUAUCUCGCAACAGCCUACGAGCGAGCCGAAGCCCGAGAUGAGGAGUCACUUGCGAGGAGGUGGCAUGUCGCUUGGUUUCGAUUGCUGCGGAGGCUCCUGCCGCUUCUACAAGACUUGCUGCUAA